GGUUUGAUCUGUGUCUCAGUGUGUGUUUGUGAGAUGGCAGAAGCCAAUAUAUCAUGGGCUCAGGAUCAGUUCAGAUGUUCAGUAUGUCUGGAUCUCCUGAAGGAUCCAGUGACUGUUCCCUGUGGACACACUUACUGUAUGAGAUGUAUCACAGACUGCUGGGAUCAAGAGGAUCAGAGAGGAAUCUACAGAUGUCCUGAAUGCAGAAAGACCUUCAGUCCACGACCUGUUUUAGGGAAGAAUGUGGUGGUCGCUGAGAUGGUGGAGAAACUGAAGAAGACAAGAAUUGAAGUUAGUGAAGAUGUGAAGUGUGACACCUGCACUGGAAGAAAACUCAAAGCCAUCAAAUCCUGUCUGAUGUGUCUGAACUCUUACUGUCAAACUCAUCUUGAUCAACAUGAGAAUUUCUUCAGAGGUGAAAGACACAACUUGAUAGAAGCCACCGGACGACUGCAGAAGAUGUUCUGCACAAGACAUGAUAAAAUGAUGGAGCUUUAUUGUAAUCGAUGUCAGCUGUGUGUUUGCAUGUUGUGUAUGGUGGAUGAACACAGAAAUCAUGAUACUGUAUCCAUAUCAACAGCAAGCGCAGAGAAACAGAAUGAAGUUAAUCAGAAGAUCCAGGAAAGAGAGAAAGAUCUUCAGAAGCUCAGAGAGACGGUGGACUCUUAUAAGCGUUCUGCACAGACAGCAGUGGAGGACUGUGAGAUGAUGUUUACUCAACUGAUCUCUGAAGUGACACAACUGAUCAGAGAUCAGGAGAAGACUGCAGUGAGUCGAGCUGAAGGACUUUUGGAGGGACUGAAGCGGGAGAUUGAAGAUUUAAAGAGGAAAGAUGCUGAAAUAAAGAUGCUUUCACAAACACAAGAUCACUUUCAGUUUCUCCAGAGUUUCCAGUCUCUUUCUCUCUCUGGAUCUACAGAAAACUUCAAUAUCACUCCCGACGUCUCUUUUGAUGCUGUUAUGAAAUCAAUCACUCAGUACAGAGAGAAACUGCAGCGUUUCUGCAGAGAAGAGAUGAAGAAGAUUUCUGUGACAAACACCCAGAUGAGUUUGAUUGCUGAACCCAGAAACAGGAGGGAAUUCCUGCAAUGUUUCCAUCAGUUCACACUGGAUCCAAACACGGCAAACUAUAAUAUUAAACUGUCCGAAUGGAAUAAAGCGGGUACACUUGUAACUUCACACCAGCCGUAUGUGGAUCAUCCUGACAGAUUUGACGGCUGGACCGAGGUUUUCUGCACAGAAGGUGUGAAUGGCCGCUGUUAUUGGGAGGUAGAGUGGAGUGGACAGCGAAAGUCAGGUGUAGAUAUAGCAGUGGCGUAUAAGAGCAUGAGCAGAAAGGGAAAUGGUCUUGACUCUGCAGUUGGACGUAACGAUCAAUCCUGGAAUUUAUUCUGCAGCCCGAGUUAUUAUUCAUUCAUGCACAAUAACAUGGAGACGAUUCUUUCUAUUAACCCAACCAUCUCAAGAAUAGGAGUGUAUGUGGAUCACAGUGCAGGAAUAUUAUCUUUCUACAGCGUCUCAGACACAAUGACCCUCAUCCACAGAGUUCAGACAACAUUCACUCAACCUCUCUAUCCUAUGUUUGGUCUGGACGAGGGCUCGGCAUUCAGACUGUCAUCUAACAUUAUUAAUGAUAUUGAGAUUCUGCAAAUAGCAUUUUUCUCAAAUUAAGGUUUGAAUAAAUUGACAUUUUUAACUAAUCUCAAAUUUGUGUGAGACAAAACAAUCAUUUUAGGGUGAAUUAACCCUACAAGCCUCAUUUAACAUUUAAAACAGCUGGUAAAAACACUUUUUUGAUGCUACUAGAUCUGCUAAUAGAUCAUGAUGUACUUUUUUGGCGUUUAGCAUUUGAUUGAUUUGGUAUCAAGGGUGCCACCUUACAGUGGUUCACUUCAUAUCUUAGAGACAGGUCCUUUUCUGUAUCAUUGGGAACAUUUUCCUCGUCCUCAGCUCCAAUUAUUAGUGGUGUACCUCAAAGUUUUAUCUUAGGACCGCUCCUCUUUAAUUUAUAUAUGCGUCCAUUGGGGAAUAUUAUCAGAGACCACAAUGUUUGGUUUCGUUUAUACGCUGAUGAUACUCAGUUGUAUAUUUAGUUAAAAGCUGCUGAUUCCAUCCAACAGUUGUUGGACUGGUUUGAUGAUGUUAGGAAAUGGCUUGGUGUCACCUUAGACGCUGAAUUAUGUUUAACCAAGCAAAUAAAUUCAGUUGUUUAGAAUAGUUUUUAUCAAUUAUGGAUUAUUUCUAAAAUUAAUUCAUUCUUGUCUUCUCAAGAUUUGGAGAAGGGUCAUUCAUGCUUUUAUCAUGUCCCGUUUAGAUUACUGCAACUCAUUUUAUUUUGGUCUUCCUCAGUCAUCCAUUUCUUGCCUCCAGAUUGUUCAAAAUGCAGCUGCAAGGAUGUUAACCAGAACAAAGAAAUUUGACCAUGUCACCCCAAUCUUAGCAUCGCUCCAUUGGCUCCCAGUCCAUUUAAGGAUUCAGUUUAAAAUUCUUUUGUUUGUUUUUAAAGCGCUUAAUGAUCAAGCCUCCUCUUAUUAUUCCACACUCCUCUAGUAGACCCUUAAGGUAUGCUGAUCAGUACAUGCAUACCGAUGUCCCUUGAUCAUGUUUAAAAACCAAAAGCGACAGAGCUUUUUCAGUUGCUGCCCCUCGCUUAUAGAAUUAGUUGCCA